AAAUUGUUCAGUUGACUUGGAACUUGUUUGCCUAGACGUGCUUCUUCAUAAAGGACUAAGAAUGCCUCUUGAUCAGCCCUUAAGAACUGGGCACUCGCUUAAGUAACCUGAAAUUGUCGGCUUAGGCGUCCACAGUAACCAUGGUGACAGGACACCCUUGAGCAAAAACUAGAGAGCGAGAUCAGAGACAAGGCCGAGCCUUCCGCCCUCAUACACACCUAUUAAAUCGUGAACACAGAGCAUCGUAUCAGAGCGCUGAUCUGUCUUCGAUAGUGAAGAAAGUAUCUAAGUUAAAACGGUAACAGGGUGACACAGUUAGCCACCACCGAGAGCACCCCGCUUCCGGGACAAUCUGCGGUCACGUGGUAGGGCGGGGUGCUGCGCAGAAGAGCCCUCCAGCCCUGCCUCUUGCUCCCUUAGGGCGGGCUCUGGCCGGACCUACUUAACAGCAUCCCCGCCCACCCCGGAAGUGGGGCGGAGCUAAUGAAGCAUCGGUGCUCAGUGGGCGGAAGUGGCUGUGGGAGGCUUUAAGGUGCUUUAAAUUCUUGCUGUCUGGGGAGUUCCCCCGCUUUUCAGUUGGAGUCGAGCUCAGCGCGACAGAUGGCUGUGGACGUGAAGUCGCGAGCAAAGCGUUAUGAAAAACUGGACUUCCUCGGGGAGGGACAGUUUGCCACGGUUUACAAGGCCAGAGACAAGAACACCAACCAAAUUGUCGCCAUUAAGAAAAUCAAACUUGGACAUAGAUCAGAAGCUAAAGAUGGUAUAAAUAGAACAGCUUUAAGAGAGAUAAAAUUAUUACAGGAGCUAAGUCAUCCAAAUAUAAUUGGUCUCCUUGAUGCUUUUGGACAUAAAUCUAAUAUUAGCCUUGUCUUUGAUUUUAUGGAAACUGACCUAGAGGUUAUAAUAAAAGAUAACAGUCUUGUGCUGACACCAUCACACAUCAAAGCCUACAUGUUGAUGACUCUUCAAGGAUUAGAAUAUUUACAUCAACAUUGGAUUCUACAUAGGGACCUAAAACCAAACAACUUGUUGCUAGAUGAAAAUGGAGUUCUAAAACUGGCAGAUUUUGGCCUGGCCAAAUCAUUUGGGAGCCCCAAUAGAGCUUAUACACAUCAGGUUGUAACCAGGUGGUAUCGGGCCCCUGAGCUACUAUUUGGAGCUAGAAUGUAUGGUGUAGGUGUGGACAUGUGGGCUGUUGGCUGUAUAUUAGCAGAGUUGCUCCUAAGGGUUCCUUUUUUGCCAGGAGAUUCAGACCUUGAUCAACUAACAAGAAUAUUUGAAACUUUGGGCACACCAACUGAAGAACAGUGGCCUGACAUGUGUAGUCUUCCAGAUUUCGUGACAUUUAAGAGUUUCCCUGGAAUCCCGUUACAGCAUAUCUUCAUUGCAGCAGGAGAUGACUUGCUAGAUCUUAUACAAGGCUUAUUCUUAUUUAAUCCGUGUACUCGAAUUACAGCCACACAGGCAUUGAAAACUAAGUAUUUCAGUAAUCGGCCAGGGCCAACACCUGGAUGUCAGCUGCCAAGACCAAACUGUCCAGUGGAUGCUUUAAAGGAGCAGUCCAAUCCAGCGAUGGCAACAAAACGGAAGAGAACAGAGGCCUUGGAACAAGAUGACAACCAUUCUGACAGGUGUGAGGUGAUGUCUCAUUGUGGUUUUGAUUGGCAUUUCCCUGAUGAUUAGCAAUGUUGAGCAUCUUUUCAUGUGCCUGUUGGCCAUCUGCAUUUCCUCUUUGGAAAAAUAUCUUUUCAAGACUUCUGCCCAUUUUUUAAUUGGGUUGUUUGUUUUUUUGAUGUUGAGUUGUAUGAGCUGUUUAUGUAUGUUGGACAUUAAUCCUUUAUCAUAUCAUUUGCAAAUAUUUUCUCCUGUUCAGUAGGUUGUCUUUUCAUUUUGUUGGUUUCCUUUGCUGUGCAAAAGCUUUUAAGUUUAAUUAGGUCCCAUUUGUUUAUUUUUGCUUUUGUUUCCUUUACUUGAAGAGACUGAUUCAGAUUCUUUGUCCAUUUAUCAAUUUGAAUAUAAAUUUUAUCAAUUUAUUUGAGUUUGUUUUAUAUACACACAUACUUCUUUCUAGUUUUUGUAAUUUGAUUUUUUUUACACUUCCCACUUUGGUAUUAUUAAAUAAUCCCAGAUCCUUCCUUUCCCUACCUUUUAUGUUAAAUUAUUAUAUAUACUAGGUGUGUAUGGUCUUUAUCCGAUUCUCAUUGACCUGCUGUUACACUGUUUUAAAUAAUGUAGCUUUGUAUUACCAUCAGGACAAUACAUUUUUUUUUAAUUUAAUUUUUGUUUUAUAUUGGAGUAUAGUUGAUAGGAUAAUACAUUUUAAUAUCUGGUUAACAGUAGAUCCUCAUUAUUCCUUUUUUCAAAAUGUAUUUGCCAAUUUUUCAGCUUUUAUUAUUAAUGCCAACCAGUGCUGUUCCUUAACACAACUAUAAAUGGUUUAUAUUGUUACCUUAUUAUCCUACUGUUAGCUAUCUAAUUAAGUAGUAAUUUCUUUUCACUAGAGAUCAUUUCACUAGAGAUUAGAUAAGUUUUAUAACUGCUGACAAGGUAAUGUACUUCCUUUGAUAUCAUUGUGAUGCUAUUAAUAUAGUAAUAUUCCCGAAAGGUAUUAAAGAUUAUUACUAUGUAAUAUUUCUAGAAAGAGAAAAUAAUUUUAAAUGGCCUAAAAUUCAGCGUCAAAACCAAGAAGUUAAUUCAGAGUGGCCUAAAUGCCAGAAUUCUGCAUAGAUCUGGCUACAGAAUGUCACCACUCUGACAAAAAGGAAGCUAUGAAAUAGGUAACUAGCAAUGACUUUGAAUAUAUUGCUGCCGAAGUCCCACAAUAAUAACUUUUUUAUUGAAGUGAAGGAAAUUAUUUUUAAACUUUGUAUGGCAAAUGAAAAAUCCAGAAAAACACAAAACCAGAUAAAUGUAUUCCAAAACUUAAUAUUCAGUCACUCCUGUUGUUGCUUGAGCCAAAGAUCUCUCUAAGUCAAUCUAAAUAGUUAAUUUUCUUAUCAAAAUCACUAUUUGUUUUUAAGAUGUUGGCAAAUACUGAAAAUUUCAAAAAUAUAGUAAUGUAAUUUAUAAAUGAAAUAUGUCAACACAGAAUACUAAUAAAUUUCUUGUAGAGAACAU